AUGAGGUCGAUCAUCAUCGCCUCUCUUGUGGCCCUGGCCUUGGCCUCCACCCCAGUUUUUGAGCGCACCUUUGAGCCGAAAACCGACUACCAUUACAAGCUCGAUGGGCUCGUUCUCUCUGGACUCCCAGUCACCUCUUCUGAACAUUCCCAAACCCGUAUUUCUGCUCGUGCCCGUAUUCAAUUGGUUGAUGACCGCACUAUUGCCCUUCAACUCAUCAAGAUCCGUUUGGCCGCUUCCCACCUCCCAGAAUCCGAGCAGAUGCCAUCAUUGAACUCUUUGGAGCAACGUGAGCUUUCUGACGAGUACAAGCAAAUGCUUGAGCUCCCAGUCCGUGCCCAACUCAGAAACGGACUCAUCUCCGAGAUUCAAUUUGAGAAGGAAGACGAGGAAUGGUCAAAGAACAUGAAGAGAGCCGUUCUCAACAUGAUCUCCUUCAACCCAAUUGCCCCAAGACACGAGAUGGAGAGACUUGAGUCUUACGAAGACAAGGAAUCCACCGAGGAAAACCGUUCUUUCUUCACCACUGAGAAGACCCUCGAGGGAGAAUGCCAAGUCGCCUACACCAUUGUCCGUGAGCAGAAGAAGACCAUCAUCACCAAAUCCAUCAACUUCAACAAGUGCACCGAGCGUUCCGAAACCGCCUACGGACUCCGUUUCUCUUCUGAGUGCCCAGAGUGCGAGAAGGAGACCGAAGUCAUCCGCCCACAAACUGUCUACACCUACGUUUUGGAAAACAAUGAGCUCAAGGAGUCCGAGGUUCGCUCCCUCUACACCGUCAAUGUCAACGGACAGGAAGUCAUGAAGACUGAGACCCGCUCCAAACUCAUGCUUGAAGAGAGCCACUUCAUCAAGAACCACAUCAAGAAGGUCAAUGGAGAGAAGGAAGAUAUCAUCUACUCUUCCCGCUGGGAACAACUUGUUGAGGAUUUCUUCAAGAACGGAAACAAGGCUGAGUUCGAGCCAUUCGAAAAGUUCCCACUUGACAAGAAGAUCAAGCUCAUCAAGACCAUCGUUGACAGAAUCCAAGAGGAAGAGCACAACAUGCCAGAGACCGCUCACUUCUUCGCGCAACUCGUUCGUCUUUUCCGCACCUGCACCAUUUCUCAACUUGAAAAGAUCCAUGACACUCUCUACGUCAAGUCUGACAAGAAGAUUCAAUCCCUCUUCGAGCACGUCCUUGCCGUCUCCGGAACCAAGAACACCAUUGAGCACUUGCUCGCUCACAUCGAACAAAGCGAGGUCACUCCAGUUAAGAUCGCUCAACUCCUCAAGUCUAUCCAAGAGACUCCAUUCCCAUCCGAGGCUAUUGCUGAGUCCCUCAUCAAGUUCGCUAACUCCCGUGUCGCCAAGAACAGUCAAGUUAUCCGUCAAUCCGUCUGGCUAGCCACUGGAUCUGUUGUCCGCGGAAUCGUUGACAACAAAAACAUCAGCCCACUCGUCCGUGAAGACAAACGUGAAAUCAAGCAAAAGUUCCUCCGUGUCUUCAUGCAACAAUAUGAGGAAGCUGAGACCACAUACGAGAAGAUUUUGGCCCUCAAGACCAUCGGAAACGCUGGACUCGAUAUUUCUGUCAACCAACUCAACGAGAUCAUUGUUGACAAGCGCCAACCACUCCCAGUCCGCAAGGAAGCAAUCGAUGCCCUCAGACUCCUUAAGGAUUCCAUGCCACGCAAGAUCCAAAAGGUUCUCCUCCCAAUCUACAAGAACCGUCAAUACGAGCCAGAAAUCCGUAUGCUUGCUCUCUGGAGAAUGAUGCACACCCGCCCAGAAGAGGCACUCCUCGUCCAAGUCGUCUCUCAGAUGGAGAAGGAGUCCAACCAACAAGUUGCUGCUCUUACCCACCAAAUGAUCCGCCACUUCGCUCAAUCCACCAACCCAUGUUACGAACGUGUCGCCAAGGAUUGCUCUAAGGUUCUCUCCUUCACCCGCUACGAGCCACAACAACAGAUGAUUUCCUCCGCCUACGCUCAACUUCCACUUUUCGUCCAGAAUGCUUUCUCCGGAGCUCAAUUCGACUUUGCCGCUAUCUUCGAGAAGAACUCAUUCUUGCCAAAGGACCUCCACGCCUCUCUUGACGCCGUUUUUGGAGGAAACUGGAUCAAGUACUUCGCCCAAAUCGGAUUCUCCCAACAGAACAUGGACCAAUACCUCUACAAGGCUCUCCAAAAGCUCGAGUCUCUUGAGAAGGAAUCCACCACCGUUGUCCGCGGACGCCGCAUCCAAACCGGAAUUAAGCUUCUCAAGGAGCUCGCCCAAAAGAUGAACAUCCGUGCUCGCCCAACCACCCGUGACGAGAAGGACGCCUUCGCCAUGAUCUACCUCCGCUACAAGGAUAUGGAUUAUGCCGUUCUCCCAAUCGACUCCCAACUCAUCGAAAGCCUUGUUGAGAAAUUCGUCCGCAACGGAGAGAUCAAGUUCAGCGAGAUUCGUCGUGCCCUUAACCAAGAUCUUGAUUUCGAGACCCACCACGCCGCUUUCUUCUAUGAGGUUAUCCGCAAAUUCCCAACCACUCUUGGACUCCCACUCGUUGUCUCCGGAAAGAUCCCAACUGUCAUGUCGGCUGAAGGAAAACUCUCCCUUGAACUCGAUGGAACUGAACUCCGCUUGACCGUUGAGGCUCGCCCAUCGGUUGCUGCCACCCACGUUUACGAGAUGAGAAUGUUCACUCCACUUUUCGAGCAAGGAGUCAAGACUGUCCAAUCCCUCCAUGCCUUUGUUCCAGUCAAGAUCAACGUUGUUGCCGAGAUGAAGAGAAACUUCGAACUUGUCUACAAGGUUAUCGUCCCAGAGAACCAAAAAUCGGUCAUCUCCCUCACCACUCGCCCAGUUGUCUUCCUCCGUCACCCAGGAUUCUCGAAAUUCGAGAAUGUUGAGGCUGAAGAGAGAACUGUCUCCGUUCCACAAUGGCGCCAAUACACCGAAGAGAUCGAGAAGGUUCACAACUUCCUUGGACUCGAGGUUUCUACCCGUGGAAACAUCUUCAGACAACAAACCGUUGAGAACUGGCUCCUCGCCGAACAAGACUUCGAGGUCUCCGUAGAGAACAAGAAUCGUCCAGCUGAAUUCGUUGCCCGCCUUACCGUCUCCCCACUCGAGAAAGCUGAACUCUCCCAAAUCAAGUUUGACAAGAUCUUCGAGAAGGAGUUCGAGCUCGAGCAAGACAACACCGAGAACCGUCGUGAGUAUUUCUCCAAGAUGGUCAAGAACAUCCAAAAGGAGCAAGGAUACAAGCACACCAUCACCCUCAAGCUUGAGGCUCCACGCGACUACAACAUGAACACCGAGCUCACCACCGUCUGCGACAAGCAGCUCCGUUUGUGCCAAUGGAACAUGGAAGUUAGCCGCUCCCCAAUCUUCGAGGAGACCAAGGAAUGGACUCUCCGCUCCCAACUUCUCGCCAUCCGCCCAGAGAUGCCAUCUUCCCUCCGUCAACUCCGUGAACAACCACACCGUGAAGUUCAACUCUCCCUCACCUCCACCUGGGGAUCCCAAAAGAAGAACGAGAUCACCAUCAACGCCCAACUCCAACAAUCCAAGGAACAAAAGAAGUACGAGCGCAACAUGGAGCGUCAAUCCAACGGACUCCCAGAAUACGAGCUCUUGAUCAAGGCCGCUCGUCUCAACCAGGUCAACGUUGUUGCUGAGUACAAGCUCACCAAGGAAACCGAACAAGUUGUCUCCCGUUACUUCGACCUCGUCAAGGCCUACAACUUCUGGACCGUUUCCAGCCGCCCAGAGGACAACGAGGAAAGCCGUGUUGUCUUCCAACUCACCGUCGAGCCACUCACCCGUCAAUACGUUAACGUCACCGUUCAAACCCCAGAGCAACGUGUUGAGCUCAAGAACACCCAAAUCCCACGUGUCCAUGUUCCAUCCAUCGCUCAACGUUCCGCCAAGUACCAACUCACUGAGGCUUCCGGAGCCGAGUGCAAGGUCCAAAAGAACCAAAUCCGUACUUUCGAUGAUGUCCUCUACAAGACCCCACUCACCACCUGCUACUCCCUCAUCGCCAAGGACUGCUCAGAUGAGCCAACUUUCGCCGUUCUCUCCAAGAAGGCCGAGAAGAACUCCGAUGAGAUGAUUGUCAAGGUUCUCCGUGGAGAACAAGAAAUCGUUGCCCAACUCCAAAACGAAGAGAUCCGCGUCAAGGUCGACGGAAAGAGAAUCCAAUCAGAGGACUUCGCUGAAUACCAAAUCGAGAGACUCGGAGAAUCCUUCAUCGUCAUCGAGCUCCCAGAAGGAGAGGUUCGCUUCGACGGAUAUCUCAUCAAGACCCAACUCCCAUCGUACAGCCGUCAAAACCAACUUUGCGGACUUUGCGGAAACAACGAUGAUGAGUCAACCAACGAAUUCAUGACCGCUGACAACACCGAAACCGAAGACAUGGAGGAGUUCCACCGCUCAUACCUUCUCAAGAACGAGGAAUGCGAGGCUGAGGAGGAACGUCUUACCGAGAAGAAAAACUACAGAAAGUACGACAGAGAUGAGGAAGAAUCCGACGACUCUGAGUACUCCUAUGAAAGCGAGGAGCCAAGACAAACCAAAAGAAACCAGAAGACCCAGAAAAAAUCCGGACUUGUCGAGAAGACCCAAAUCAAGGAAUUCUCCCACCGCAUCUGCUUCUCAAUGGAACCAGUCGUUGAAUGCAGACGUGGAUUUGAGGCUGAAGACUUGAAGACCAAGAAGGUUCACUUCACCUGUAUGCCACGACACAGCAGCAACGCUAGACGUCUGAUGAAGGAAGCUCGUCAAGAGCCACUCCAACUUGAUGACUACACUUCUUCCUUCGUUGAAGCCGUCAAGAUCCCAACCGCCUGCGUCGCUUAUUGA